AUGGGAAAGAGAUACUCUGAAUCAGCAGCCAAGAAGGCCGAAGGACAGGCAAGAAAGCGUCAGCAGGCAUCUGCAAAGCAAAGAGCUGAAAUGGAGAAACUAGAGGCUCAAGAAGCUGCCAAAUGGGAAGAAGGAUCUCGUAAGGCGAACUCGAAGAAGAUAACUGAGGAGCAGAAGAAACAGGAGAAGUUGAAAGCCAAGAAAGAGCGGGAAGAGCUUCUGGCUGCUGAGGAAGAAAGAAUUGCAAAAGAAGCUAAGGGCAAGAGGCAGAUGUGA